AUGCAUCGUGGACGAACUACUGGUAAAGGGCCCUCCACUCUCACUCAGAUUUACCAGCCACCUCCGCAGCUUCUCAUUGUGCAUAUUGCUCUGCCCUCCUGGGCUGACAUCUGCUCCAACCUCUGUGAUGCUCUGCAGAACUUUUUCUCUCUAGCCUGCAGCUUGAUGGGCCCCAGCCGUAUGUCCCUAUUCAGCUUAUACAUGGUACAAAAUCAGCACGAGUGCAUCCUCCCUUUUGUGCAAGUGAAAGAGAACUUCACUAGGUUGCAGGCCUGCAUCUCAGAGCUCCGCAUGUUACAGAGAGAAGGUUGUUUCAGACCACAAGGUACUUCUCUGCCACUGGCAGUAGAGGAUGGGCUCCAGCAAUUCAAACAAUACAGCAAACAUGUGACCAGAGGUGCAGCUCUGACCUACACUUCCCUGGAGAUUACUGUUCUGACUUCCCAGCCUGGAAAAGAGGUGGUCAAACAAUUGGAGGAAGGGUUGAGAAAUACAGACCUAGGGAGGGUCAGAAGGCUUCAGGUUGUUGAGGUCACAAAGGGAAUCCUAGACUGUAUGGACUCAGCAUCUCCUAUUGAAGAGCCCAGCAAUGAUGAGAGUUCUAUCCUGGGAACUGACAUUGACCUUCAGACUAUAGACAAUGAUAUUGUCAGCAUGGAGAUUUUCUUCAAAGCCUGGCUACAUAACAGUGGAACAGACCAAGAACAUAUCCAUCUUCUUUUUCCUUCACCAUGUUUCAGCAACAUUUCCAGAGCCAGAGAUAAUCCAAUGUGCCUGAAAUGUGAUCUCCAAGAGCGACUUCUCAGCCCUUCCCUGCUCCCUGGAACAGCUGAUGGCUCCUUGAGAAUGGAUGACCCCAAGGGAGACUUCAGCACUCUCUACCACAUGGCUUCCCAAUCAUCAGCCUCUCGUUACAAGCUCCAAGUGAUCAAGGCUCUAAAAUCUAGUGGAGUCUGUGAGUCAUUGAUGUAUGGACUCCCAUUCAUCCUCAGACCCACAAGCUGUUGGCAGCUGGACUGGGAUGAGCUGGAGACAAACCAGCAGCAUUUCCAUGCUUUGUGUCACAGCCUGCUGAAAAGAGACUGGCUGCUGUUGGCCAAAGGGGGACCCGUGAGCCUAGGACACAGACACAGAGCCCCCGCAAGCACCUUCUAUGUGAUAAUGCCAUCACGCUCCCUCACUCUGCUGGUGAAGGCGGUGGCCACGCGGGAACUGGUGCUGCCCAGUCCCUUCCCCUUGCUACCUGAGGACCCACCUGAUGACAGCCUUAAAACUGUGGAGAGCAUGCUGGACAGCCUGGAGCUAGAGCCCACUUACAACCCCUUGCAGGUUUGGAGCCACUUGUACUCACACCUGAGCAGCACCUUCGGCAAGCCUCAAGGGGGGCUCCACCCAAGCUGGGAGAGUCGGGCCCUGAGAAAGCAUCCCUGCAAGGCUGGGCAGUUGCAGACCAACCGAGUUCGAGCGACAGUGGCCCCCCUGCUUAUGACUCCAGCCCCAGGCAGAGCCCCCAAGAUGCCAGCUGCCAGCAAACCUUCCUCAGAAGCUGCCUUCUUGCCUUCUGAACCCUAA